AUGUACUACGUCCACGCCAUUAUCCUCACCCUCGUCCUCAUCACCUUCUUCUGCUGUCUCUCCGGGUACUACCUCAUGAAGAGCUGUCGGCGGGCUAUCGAUCUGGAGGUUCACGAACUGGGGUAUAGUAGGGAUGUUGAGGCGGAGAUAAGAGGAGGAGGGGGCGGUGGUAAGAGUGCGGGAGGGAAGAGCAAGAGUAAGAGUGGAGGUGGAGAGAUAAGGGCGGGGGAGAGUGCGGGUGGAGGCGGGGGGAGUAAGGCGAAGAGCAAGAGUGGAAGUGGAGGAAGUAAGGGUGGAAACGGGAAUGGGAAUGGAAAUGGUAACACUGGAGGAAGUAAAGCCAAGAGUGCCAGCGCGAAGAGCGGAGGAGCAGCGAAGAGCAAUAGCGGUGGAGAUGGAGGAGCUCCCGCAUGGGACGACACUGGAGCAGGUGGAGGAGCAGCAGCACCAGCGGCAGGAGGAGGAUGGGACACAACCGGAGGCGGAGCAGCGUGGGAUGCGGGAGGUGGCAACGACGUCAAGGGGAAUUGGUAG